AUAUUUUUCCUGAGCGGGAAAAUAGAAUUGUUUUGUUUGGGGAAUAACAAAUGUGUUUAGUAAACAUUUCGGGGGUUUUGUUUUGUAAAUAAAUAAAUAAAAAUAAAUAAUAUAUCAACGAGAGGACCAUUUGUGUUCAGGAAAGUCGUGAAUAUUCAUGUCGGCUUGAUUGGGGAGUUUGUUUGUUAGUUAGCUGUUAGCUUCAUUCGGGUUUCAACUUCCGGUCUAACGUUUGUUCAGUUUAAAAAACUCGGCCUGUACAGGAAGCAACAAGCUGAUUACAGUACAGAGCUCAUUAUCACUGGCUCUGACAGGCAGCUGGAACAGAGUUCAACACAGAGAGAAAGUAAAGUAAGUUAAAUGCUGUUGUUUGUUUGUUUUGCAACGCGUGAAAACAAACAAACCGUUUUUGCUUCUUCACUGAAGGCUGACUUCAUGGUAACAGGAGCUAAGGAGCUCUUAGCAACUCCUAAACUAAUGAAACACCAGAGCCUUUCUCGAGCUACAGAAUUUAAAGACCCAAAACUGGACAAUGACGAGCACCGAAAAGCUGCAUCUAUCCGGAAACAACAUUCAGCGUGUGAUCCUGUUCAGAAGAAGCCCUUGGCUGGGCGAAUUUUUUAUUUGGAUAUACCGUGUAAUGAACGCAACCAGGCUUUAGAAACAGAUAUCAAGAUCCUUGGAGGGACAGUGGAAAAGUUCUUCAGUAAGGAGAUUCGAUACUUGGUGUCGAGUAAACCUGAAGCUCGGCACGUACAGCGUCUCGUUCAGGACUCUCCGGUGCCGAGUCCAGACUCGGGCCUCAGCUCUCCGCAUCCUGGCAGCAGGAGGGACAGUCACAGCCACCGAGGCAGCUCACAGGGACCCGCCGACACCAAAGCUGCAGUAACGUCACCAUCUCUGCUCGGUAUUUCACAGGUGGUUGUAAGCCGAGGGAAAUCCUUAGUGGAGAAAGUCGUUAAGCAAGAGCGUAUUCAGAUGAACAGAAUCCUGUCCAGUGCACUGGAAUGGGGUGUAAAAAUCCUCCACGUUGAUGAUGUCAUUUCUUAUAUUGACAAGAAAAAGAGCACAAUUGCCCAAGUCCGAGCAGCGACUCAGUCAGUGAAGAAAGCUGCCAAACCUGAGCCCACAGAUGGGACUGCUUCUCAAAAAAGCAAACCUGGACGAAUCAAUCGUCCCUUCGUGAAAGUGGAGGACUCUAGCAGACACUACCGUCCCUUCUAUCUCCCCAUGGCCAACAUGCCUGUGUGUAACUUCAGAUCUGCUGCCCCCUGCAGUCCGUUCUUGGAAAAAGAUAAAGCUGACGCUGGGAAACAGAAAAAAGUGCAUGGGUCUAGGGGAGAUCAACGGGAGAAGAGCAGGAAAGACCGACACCGAGGCCAUGAGGGAAAGGGACGGAGGAAAGGGGGCUACUGCGAAUGCUGCCUCGUCAAAUACGACAACCUGAAAGCUCAUCUGCAAAGUGAGCAGCACCAGGCUUUCUCUAAAAGUGAGGAGUACCUGGUGGUGGAUAGAGUCAUCUCAGGACUCACCUGUGAUUUUGCACACAUCAGCCCCCAAAUUAAAAGGGUGAAGUGCAGCGUCACCUCCCCGCUCAUCAUCCCUGGACCAGCUGUAAGGAAGGACGGAGAACCGGGGGUUGAAGAGGAGGAUGUGACUGACGAGACCCCGCUCUGGGGCUCUCACAACACACCGCAAUUAGUCCGCAAGCGCUCCAGAGAAUUCUCCCAAAGUCCCAAAGGAGACUCGGCAGGACAGUCCGACACGUUUCAGAAAUCCAGAUCGAAGCGCGGAUCGUUUGAAUGGGAUUCCAGUUCUAAUGCUGCUUUACAGAAGGCUUUGGGUACAUCACUGUCUAACACCAGACAAGACUGUCUUUCUGAGUGCCUGGGUAGAACCAGGACUUUAUUACACGCUUGUUUGGAACGCAGGACUUCACAAAGCACACUGCAUGCUCGACUUUCAGACCCUACAGGGUUCGGUACGACCCGCAGUUUGUUUGGCGCCGGGACGUCUCGCGUGGCGUCAGAGCCGUCUGUAAUGUCAGACUUUCAGACCGCACCAAAGUUACGUUUAGAUGGUACAGAAUGUACAACCGAAGGAGGUUUCUGUAAAUCAGGCAAAGCACCUGAGGAUACACACCGUGAACUUGUCACAGAGGAAAUGCCUUCUUUCAACACGGACAUUCUGCCUGGAGUCUUGAAAAGAAAAGUGCGGGCUUUGAGGCGGAGACGAAGCACACCUUCAGAGCCCCUGCGUGGCCUAUCUGUAGAACCUCAAACCCUUCAGUGUCUCGGAAACGUUUCUGAGUCUCGGAGACUCUCAGCAUCUACCCUGGACUUAUGGGAGCUCUUCCAAUCCAGCGACGACAUGGAGGAGGAUUUUAAGGGUUUCUACAAUUGGUAGAAAAAGGACCUUGAAUAUGAAAUGAGCAGUGUGUGUGUGUGUGUGUGUGUGUGUGUGAGAAAUGAUCCAGUCUUUUCUGUAUACCACUCUGAGAGAUAGUCCAGGUCCUAAAUGAAUGAGCUGUAGAGAAGCGGUUAAUCUGGGACAGAGAUAUUAAAUAUUAUUAUUGAAAAAAAAGUUAUAUAGAGAUACAAAACAUAAACCCUUGUAAAUAUGAGAGAGAGAGAGAGAGAGACUUUUUUUGGAGGGGGGGGAGCUUUCGGUAUGAAAUAAAUGCUGCAUAGUAAACAGAAACUGUAUUUAGAAUAAGCAAUCUGGAACUUACCUUACAAAUGAGCUGAACUAGUCGAUUUGAUGACUCGUUUUGCUAUUAAACCAUAUUCAGGCUCCAUGUGUAGAAA